CCGACAACCCUCCCGCAGGGCACCAUCAACAUGAACCAGUGCACGGACGUGGUGGACGGGGAGAGCCGGACAGGGCAGAAAUUCUCCUUGUGCAUCCUGACACCGGAGAAAGAGCACUUCAUCCGGGCUGAGAACAAGGAGAUCAUCAGUGGGUGGCUGGAGAUGCUGAUAGUCUAUCCGAGGACAAACAAGCAGAAUCAGAAGAAGAAGAGGAAGGUAGAGCCCCCAACUCCUCAGGAGCCCGGUCCUGCUAAGAUGGCUGUGACCAGCAGCAACAUCCCCAGUGCAGAGAAGGUCCCUGCCACCAAGUCCACGCUUUGGCAGGAAGAAAUGAGGGGCAAAGACCAAGUGGAUGGGGCCAGCGGCAUCAGCCCAGCACAGAGCCCGGUGCAAAGCCAGGCUGGGUCUGCCAGCUCCCUGAAGGAUUCUGUACUGGACAGCAAGGAAGACGAGAGCUCCAUGAAUGGAGACCGGAUAGACUGUGGGCGGAAGACGCGUGUCGAGAGUGGGUACUUUUCCUUGGAGAAGACCAAGCAAGACUCGAAGCUGGAUCAGCUGCCGCCCCCGCCGAGCCCACCCAGCCCCAGCACCCCGAACAACAGCUUCUCUCUGAACUCCUUGGACUCGAAGAGCAGUUGCCCCAUGCACAAGGACUCCGGCAGCAGAGAUGUAGGAAGGGGAGCUGAAAAAUCGGGGCGUCCCCUUUUUUUUAAAGCCAGCCGGCAGUACACCACCCUGGCCGACGUUCCCAAGGCCAUUAGGAUCAGUAAUCGUGAGGCCUUCCAGGUGGAGAGGAAGCGGCUAGAGCGGAGAACCCGGGCCCGUAGCCCUGGGAGAGAAGAAGUGGCCCGGNCUUUCUCUCUGUUUUCCAGGCGAUCCCAAGUCAUUGAAAAAUUUGAAGCGUUGGAUAUUGAGAACGCGGAGCACAUGGAAACGAACGCGUCGGCUGGUGCUGCUCUUUCCAGCGAGACGCGGCAGGGCAGGAGCGAGAAGAGGGUUUUCCCACGGAAACGAGACUUCACUUGCGAAGGUGCCGCUGUGGGCUCCAUCCUGGAUGUGUCUGCGUCUCCUCUGUCCCCGCAUCGCCGGGCAAAGUCGCUGGACAGAAGGUCCACAGAGUCCUCUAUGACGCCCGACCUGCUGAAUUUCAAGAAGGGCUGGUUAACAAAGCAGUACGAGGACGGGCAGUGGAAGAAGCACUGGUUUGUGCUGACCGACCAGAGCCUGAGAUACUACCGGGAUUCGGUGGCGGAGGAGGCAGCUGACCUGGAUGGAGAAAUCGAUUUAUCCACGUGCUACGAUGUUACCGAGUACCCGGUUCAGCGAAACUACGGCUUCCAGAUCCACACGAAGGAAGGGGAGUUCACCCUCUCCGCCAUGACGUCGGGCAUUCGCCGCAACUGGAUCCAGACCAUCAUGAAGCACGUUCGCCCCACCACUGCUCCCGACGUAACAAGGAAUAUGAAAUACGUUCCUAUAUCAAGGCUCCUCUGGAUUCCCACCAGUUCCCUGCCAGAAGAGAAAAGCAAAACAAGUUCUUCCUUCGAGCCUGGUCCAAAGCCGAGCGAGAAGCCGGAUGCGGAGCAAGCUGAGCUGGACCCGGAGCAGAAGCGGAGCCGUGCCCGGGAGCGCCGGCGGGAAGGGCGGUCCAAGACCUUUGACUGGGCUGAAUUUCGGCCGAUCCAGCAAGCCCUGGCGCAGGAGCGUGCAAACGCAGACUCCUCCAAGAGCAGCUCUGCCGCCUUCCCCAGGGAUGCCACUGCCACUGAUGCCGACCUGGGACUCGAGCAGAAGCAGAAGGAGGCCCUGGAGCUCCUGGAGCAGAACCGGCACCUGCAGGACCAGCUGAAAGUGGCACUGGGCCGGGAGCAGAGCGCCCGGGAGGGCUACGUGUUGCAGGCAACAUGUGAAAGAGGCUUUGCAGCCAUGGAGGAGACACACCGCCUGCUGGCAGAAGAAACGGCUGCCACCAUUUCAGCCAUCGAAGCCAUGAAGAACGCACACCGGGAGGAGCUGGAGCGAGAGCUGGAGAAGUCCCAGCGCUCCCAGAUCAGCAGCGUCAACGCCGACAUCGAGGCCCUCCGGAGGCAAUACCUGGAGGAGCUGCAGUCGGUGCAGCGGGAGCUGGAGGUGCUUUCGGAGCAGUAUUCGCAGAAGUGUUUGGAGAACGCCCACCUGGCGCAGGCGCUGGAGGCUGAGAGGCAGGCCCUCCGCCAGUGCCAGCGGGAGAACCAGGAGCUCAACGCCCACAACCAGGAGCUGAAUAACCGCCUGGCUGCGGAGAUCACGCGAUUGCGGACCCUGCUGACCGGGGAGGGUGGGGGAGAGGCUGCUGGAUCGCCUCUCACGCAGGGCAAGGACGCCUACGAGCUGGAGGUCCUGCUGCGGGUCAAAGAGUCGGAAAUCCAGUACCUGAAGCAGGAGAUCAGCUCUCUCAAAGAUGAGCUGCAGACAGCACUGAGGGAUAAGAAAUACGCCAGCGACAAGUACAAAGACAUCUACACGGAGCUGAGCAUCGUGAAGGCCAAGGCAGACUGUGAUAUCAGCAGGUUGAAAGAGCAGCUGAAAGCAGCCACGGAAGCUCAGGGAGAGAAAUCCCCUGUGAACACCACUGUAUCGGGAUAUGAUAUUAUGAAAUCAAAAAGCAACCCUGAUUUCUUGAAGAAAGACAGAUCCAGUGUUAGCCGGCAACUAAGGAAUAUCAGGUCAAAGUCCGUUAUUGAGCAGGUCUCAUGGGAUAACUGAAAUGAACCCGAGUCCA